AUGUUAGAAGAACUUGAUAUAGAAUAUCUUAGCUGGGUAUUAUGGGUUGUUUAUCCCAUUGUUAUAUCCUUCCUGUUACCACUGAUUAUACUUAUAUUCCUGUACGCUUCUGUCUUAUUUUUAUAUCUGUAUCGUCAGCGAGCCCGCUUACAAGAAGCAUAUGCCAGAGACUUCUGGGAUGGUGCUAGAAAGACAUUAGCAGCAUUGUGGUUAGGACAAGCCCGAAUAUGGCAUGGUUUUGAAGUUCAUGGUUUGAAUAACAUUCCUGAAGGACCUGCUCUUAUAGUUUACUAUCAUGGUGCUAUUCCUAUAGAUUUUUAUUAUGUACUUGCUACAUGCAUACUAGAAAAAGGGAGACAAAUCUCUAUUGUUGGUGAUCGUUUUUUAUUACAUGUUCCAGGAUGGCGUUUGUUAAUGGAGGUAUUUAAUGUUACUCCAGGAACUGUUCAAAGUUGUGUGAAUGUCUUGAAUGAAGGAAAUUUGUUAUCAAUUGCCCCUGGUGGUGUUCGUGAAGCUUUAUUUGGUGAUGAAUAUUAUAGGAUAAUGUGGGCCAAUAGAGUUGGCUUUGCCAAAGUUGCUCUUCAAGCAAAUGUGCCUGUAGUUCCAAUGUUUACUCAGAAUUGUCGUGAAGCAUUCCGUACUCCAAGUCUUGGUCGUUCACUACUUAGAAAGUUCUAUGAGUGGACCAGAUUACCUAUAGUCCCUAUUUAUGGUUUCUUUCCUGUUAAAAUGAGAUCAUUUCUCGGUAAACCAAUUUAUCCUGAACCUGGAAUUACUCCGGAAUUAUUCUCUCAUCAGGUUCAGAAAGCAGUAGAAGAAUUAAUAGGUGAACAUCAGACUAUACCUGGUAGUAUUGUCAGAGCUAUGAUAGAAAGAAUUCCUGGUAUAAAUUCUCAGUAA